UUUUUUUUUUUUUUUCUCACGGCAGGUAAUAGGCGGCUUCUUUUUCCCUCUCGCCCCGCCCACUCUACCCCCCCUCCCGUCAGGGGCGUUGCCAUGGCGACCCAGAGGCCACAACCGGAGGGUGGCGGGCUGGUCUCCUCUGCGGACCUGGCGGCGGCGACAGUGGCAACUCAUGGAGCUUUCAAGAAACUCCGUGGAGGAGACCCGGAAGCGGACGGGCCUCGGCCGUUGCAGGCAUUUCUUCUGGCUGGGCGUCGCCUUCGACACGGUGGGCGCGACCGUGCUGUUCACAGGGGUCUUCGCGCGCCUGGUCUUCUCCGACCUGCUGCUCUACCUGGGUUCCAUCAUCAUCUUCCUCAGCCUGCUGUGGUGGGUCUUCUGGUACACCGGCAACAUCGAACUGACUGCGGAAGAGCCCUCGAAGAGGCCGUUCCACGUGCUCUCCUCCACCAUGGUGGACGCGCUAAGCCAGACGGUCAGCCACCGCUUCUCUCUCACCAUCUGCAACGUGUCCCGGAACUUGAGGGGCUUCCGGCGGCGCUGCAGCCGCAGGAGGUUCCUUCAGACCGUUGCUUCGCUGGAUAUGACCGUCACGGGCCAGCUCGAAAACCGGCUGGAGAAGGAGGACCAGGACAAAGACGCGACGCAAAGUGUCCAGGAGAGCGGCGACGCGCAAGACCUGCGCGCAGAGGACCUGGGCCCCAAACCUGAACCGGUCGGAAGUUCCGAGGGAGUUCGCUCCCCAGGCCCUGGGGCCGGGCUGCCAGGGUUCGUGAAGGGAUCGUCAUCCACGCAUCUGGGGCUGCCUGAGUUCAUUGUGUCUCCUCCCGACCGGCCUCGGGCCCCAGCCGUCCUCCCCUUCAGGAGCCAGCACGGAGUCCCCUGGGCCUCCGCCCGCCAGCCUCCAGCUGUGCGUUCUUUGAGGAUCCAGCCUGCAGUCAGUCUUGCCCCUGCGGGUCAGCCUGCCCACUCCUUGGCUUCCGGCAGUCAGGCUGCGCCCAUCCUGGCUUCUAAGAGUCUGCCCGCUGCCCCCUCGACCUCCAUGAGUCAACCUGGACUCGUCCCUGCCUCUCAGAGCCAGUCCUUGGUGUCUCUGCCAACGCAGAGCCAACCCUUGGUGCCCGUGGCCAGUCAGAGCCACCUCUUGGUGCCCGUGGCCUCUCAGGGUCAUCCCCUGGUGCCAGCAUCUGCGCAGAGCAACCUCCAGGCCCUUUUGGCCUCUCAAAGCUACCGGCUGUUGUCUGCAGCCUCACAGAGCCACCUCCAAGCCCCCCUAGCCUCACAGAGCCAGACUGAGAAUCUUUCUCUGGUCUCUGAAACUACAUCUCCAGUUGCUCUGGCUCCCCAAGCCCAGGCCCUGAGCACCCCAGUGUCUGUGAUCCAGCUUCUGUCAUCCCAGUCUUUUCAGAACCAAACUGUGGACCUGCGGCUCUCCCUUGCUGUCCCGGACUUUCAGGCCCUGUGUCACACCCAGCAGGACCCCCAGAGCAUCAUGUCUUUAGUUCGAGAGAUGACUCCCAGCCAGAUGACUCCCAGCCAGUCUGCGUCUGCCCAAGAGUUUCAGAAGCCAGUUGCACAGGCUUCUGAGACUCCCCUACCAGCGAGCCAGGAGCUGAGUCAGGAACCCCCUGCCACCGCAUCUCCACCCCCUGGGUCCCAGGCCCAGCAGUCAGUGCCCCCUGAGAACACACCUGUCCCUGCCUCAGAGACGAGAAGUCACCCUCCCUAGUACAGAACCAGACCCCAGCCAUCCGAGUGGCUGCUCAGGCCUUUGCCAAAAUCACCAGUGUUUCUACAGACUUAAGUGCCAACUUUAUAAAAGCACAAGUACUUACCUCUUAACCUCGUUUCAGAAACCUCCAUGUGGAGUGCUGAUCUCUUUCAGGCCAGUGGGCCUACUAGACGGCCUUUGCCAAGUGUACGUGUGUCAGUGUUGGGGAGGAUUUUCCAGCUUCAGAUCAUAAAGUUAUUGCCAGAAUCUUAAGCCAUAAUAAACUAUGCUAUUCUAAAUGAUCUUUGUUUUUAAAAAAAGUUUGUUUUUAAAAUAGACUUCUUGUGAGAGAAUUCCAAGUAGAAAAUAAUGCCUCACAAACUCUGGGUGAAGACGGAAGUAAGUGUAGUCCCCACAGAAACGGACAGUGGAAAAUCUAACUCUGAAUUUAAGAUUACUUUGUGACCUCAUUAACUAAUAGAAAAGUCAACACAAUCAAUGCAUUGUAACAUGCUACAAUUUAUAUUUAUAUGUUCAUUUCAUUUAGUGAACAUGAAUUUCCCAUUUUCCCAAGGAUUUUUAUUUUUCCCAAGGCUUUUAAAAUCUGAUUGGGUUGUACAUUUUAUUGGUAAUCAAAUAAAAUUCAUUUGAGAGUG